AUGAACCCCAUUGUUGAGGCAGUGGCUUUCUUCUUGGGAUUCCUUGGCUGGAUCAUGGUCGGUGUAGCUCUGCCGAAUCGGUACUGGAGGGUGUCUACGGUGGAUGGAAACGUUAUAACGACCUCCACCAUCUAUGAAAACCUAUGGAUGUCAUGCGCCACCGACUCAAUUGGAAUCCACAAUUGCCGUGAUUUUCCGUCCUUACUCGCCCUGUCCGGGUACAUCCAAGCUUCACGCGCGCUCAUGAUCGCCUCGAUUGUGAUGGGGACGUUCGGGCUCGUGGCGACUCUGGUGGGGAUGCAGUGCUCUAAAAUCGGGGGUGACAACUACGUCUUCAAAGGCAGAGUCGCCGGGAUCGGCGGCGUCUUCUUCAUACUGCAGGGUUUGUGUACUAUGAUUGCUGUGUCUUGGUAUGCUUUCAACAUUACGCAGGAAUUCUUUGACCCGCUGUAUCCGGGGACCAAGUACGAGAUAGGGGAGGGUCUGUACAUCGGCUGGAGCUCCGCGACCCUCGCCCUCUGUGGAGGAUGCUGUCUUCUCUGUGCCUGCAAACUGGGCACCACAUCUGACAAAAUACUGUACUCUUACCACCCCGCCACCAGAGGCACUGGGUAUUCCGGGACACCCGUGUCCCAGGGCCCACCGAGCCAAUAUGGACGGAACGCCUACGUCUGAGGGUUGGAUCGGGAAC